AUUACUCUGUAUAAGGUUUACGAAAAUCAGGCAGUCCUCUAAUUCAAUCGUCUCCGAACUUGUCUUGAUUUUAGAUUUUUAGUCGAAUCAUUCAAAUUCAACAUCUUUCUCUUUCAAUUCAACUAGCUAAAUUUCACAUUCACUCUCCUAUAAACCCUAAUAUCUCCCCUAAUUCACAACUCAAAAUUCAAUUCUCUGAAACCCUAGAAUUUCUCACAUGGCGUCCAAGAAGAAAGAACCCGAGGUUUUCAAUUUGCUGAAUUUAUACCAAGAUGACGACGACGAAGAGGAAGACGAAGACGUCGAAAAGGAGAGAGAAUCUGAAUCUCAACCAAGAGAAGAAUUGCGAGGUUCGAACAACAAUGAAGACGAAGAUAUGAAGCUGAAUGAUGAAGUUGGCGCGUCUAAUGCAGUUUCUACUACUACUACGACCUCUACUACUACACGAUUCACCUCUAAUUCGACAAUGAAAUGGAGCAGUUUAAAGCCGCCAACGCCGGUUCAGGCUCAGAGCUCUGUGCUGGAUUCGGAUGUGUCGCGGCAGAGGAGAGAGAAGCCGACAAUUGUUGAUUAUGCGCAUGAUGAUGUUGCUAUGUCUCCUGAGGAUGGAGAGAUAUUAGGCACGAGUGCUGGUCGAGUCACGUACGGUGAAGAGCUCACGAUUACUCAUGAUAUUCAACAGAGGACAAUUGUAACUAAUGUACAGAUCAUGACAUCAAAUAAUCCGGUUGACUUUCCUCAGUUGUCUGCUCACGUAGAUGUUUUACAACUUGAUCAUAGUGUGACGAAAGAAUCAGAAGCUAUGGUUGGGGAAGGUGUCAAUCUCACUGGGGAGGACGGAAUUGGUUCUGACCCAUUACAAAAAUUUCUGCGACCACCGCCAGAAGAUGUGUGUUCAGAUGAAUUACAGGAGAAGAUCAAUAGGUUUCUUGCACUGAAGAGGCAAGGAAAAAGCUUCAAUGUAGAGGUUCGCAAUAGAAAAGACUAUCGAAACCCUGAUUUCUUACGCCAUGCUGUGAGGUAUCAAGAUAUUGAUGAGAUAGGGUCAUGCUUUAGUAGAGAUGUAUUUGACCCACAUGGCUAUGACGAGAGCGACUACUUUGAUGCAAUAGAAGCUGAUAUGAAGCGUGAGAUGGAAAGAAAGGAGCAAGAGAGGAAGAAAAAUCAGAAGGUUGACUUUGUUUCUGGGGGAACACAAGCUGGAAUGGUUUCUACCUCACAAAAAGUUAUGCCUAGUCCAGGAGUUACCAAUCUGCCUUCUUCCGGAUCGCAGUCAGGUUCAGCUGACAUGUUGACACGGGAGGGUCGACAAAACAAGAAAUCAAAAUGGGACAAGGUGGAUGGCGAUAGAAGGAAUGUGACGGGCAGUGGGCAGGAGUCUUUAUCUGCGAUUGGAGCACAUGCAGCACUCCUUUCUGCUGCUAAUGCUGGAGCUGGAUAUGCUGCUUUUGCGCAACAAAAACGUCGGGAAGCAGAGGAGAGAAGAACAAGUGAUAGGAAGGCAGAGAGGAGAACAUGAAUCCUUUGUUUUUCUGGCUAUAAUUUUAGCGACUAACAAGAACAUCAGAAAAGAGCAAGGAGAUUGUUUGCAAUCCAAUGUUAUGAAUCUGUCGACUGUUGUGCAUCGGUGAAAACUCAGCAUGAUGGUAAUGACAGAUAAGCUUCUAGGUGGUCUAGCACUCUAGGAUUGUUGGUUAUCAUGGUACUGAGGAGGCUUGCAAGAAUAUCCCGUUAGGUGAACUACCUGAAACUAAUGGUAUUUUUACUUUCAGUAUCUGAAAUUGACCCAUUGGUUUGUGUGAAUCUUGGAAAGCGAAUUACCUAGAAAAUGGCCAAAUUAUAAUUUGUUUUAUAGGUUGUCCUUGAUAUGAUAUAUCUGGCAAGAAGAAAUGAGGUAUAUUAAGCCAUUGUGCCAUUAUUUUUUUCCCCCGGCAAGCACGUGUUUCUGAGCUGCUUGUAUAUACAAAUUAUGUAUUUCCUGUUUGAAUUUUUGAGAGUGGGCAAAGCCCCUUGUCACUUUAUAAGUGCUUUUAGCUGUAAUAUGAAUGAUUGCGCAAUGCUUAGUGGAUGAAACACAUUACAAAUGAAAGCACAUUGGCACAAGAAUGCCUUAUCCUAA